UAAAUACUACUCCUUACCCAGAGUGCACCGCGGUGAUUCUGAGUGUUAAACAUGGCGUCGAGGGCACCAGUGGCGUCAGGCAGGUUUCUGCUUGGCGUGCGCAAAUGGUACUACAACAUGUGUGGCUUCAACAAACUCGGUUUAAUGCGGGAUGACACACUCUACGAGGAUACAGAUGUGAAGGAGGCAGUGAGGAGGCUCCCUGAGAACCUCUUCAAUGAUAGGAUGUUCAGGAUCAAAAGAGCCAUGGACCUGUCCAUGAAGCAACAGAUCCUCCCUAAAGACCAGUGGACAAAAUUUGACGAGGAUGUUGCUUACCUGACACCAUACCUGCAAGAAGUGAUCCGUGAGAGGAAAGAAAAGGAAGAAUGGACGAAGAAAUAAAUGAUUUCAGUUCAGGCUUUUAAUGCUCGUCUUCAGUCAUGUGCGUGAUUAUCCCCUAUUGUAAUAUUUAAAAUGAAAUGUAAUCCUAUAUAAAACUACUCAUUAAAGGCAUGUACAUUUUAGAAACUGACAGAUUUAAUACAAAUGUAUUGAGGUAUUCAUUAUUUCAUCCAUAUCAUAAAGGCCAAGUGGCCUCUG